UAACGGGCUGGCACUCGCGGUCCCACGCUGGCUCAGGGACACCCUUUCGGGGGCGUGUCCUCCCAGUUCCGGAGGUUCCCAGAGAAGAGGAGGUGCUCGCUAACCAGGCUGCUCGCCCAGACUCCGGGCAGUGAGAGUGAGGGAGUGCCGGCCGCGGGAGCGGGAUGGAGACCAGCAGCCCGCGGCCCCCGCAGCCCAGCCCCAACCCGGGGCUGAGUCUGGACGCCCGGCUGGGCGUAGACACGCGCCUCUGGGCCAAGGUGCUGUUCACCGCGCUCUACGCGCUCAUCUGGGCGCUGGGCGCGGCGGGCAAUGCGCUGUCCGUGCACGUGGUGCUGAAGGCGCGGGCCGGGCGCGCGGGGCGCCUGCGAUACCACGUGCUCAGCCUGGCACUCUCGGGCUUGCUGCUGCUGCUGGUCGGCGUGCCAGUCGAGCUCUACAGUUUCGUGUGGUUCCACUACCCCUGGGUUUUCGGCGACCUGGGCUGCCGCGGCUACUACUUCGUGCGCGAGCUGUGCGCCUACGCCACGGUGCUGAGCGUGGCCAGCCUGAGCGCCGAGCGCUGCCUGGCCGUGUGCCAGCCCCUGCGCGCCCGCAGCCUGCUGACGCCGCGCCGGACCCGGCGGCUGGUGGCGCUCUUGUGGGUCGUCUCGCUCGGCCUUGCCCUGCCGAUGGCCGUCAUCAUGGGGCAGAAGCACGAGCUGGAGACGGCGAGCGGGGAGCCGGAGCUCGCCUCUCGUGUGUGCACCGUGCUGGUGAGCCGCACCGCGCUCCAGGUCUUCAUCCAGGUGAAUGUGCUGGUGUCCUUCGUGCUCCCCUUGGCACUAACUGCUUUCCUGAACGGGGUCACAGUGAACCACCUGCUGGCCCUCUGCUCCCAAGUGCCGUCCACCUCUGCCCUGGGUAGCUCCACCCCCAGUCGCCUGGAGCUGCUGAGUGAGGACGGUCUCCUCAGCUUCAUCGUAUGGAAGAAGACCUUUUUCCAGGGGGGCCAGGUCAGCCUGGUGAGACACAAAGACGUGAGUCGGAUCCGCAGCCUCCAGCGCAGCGUCCAGGUUCUCAGAGCCAUCGUGGCCGUGUAUGUCAUCUGCUGGCUGCCGUACCAUGCCCGCAGGCUCAUGUUCUGCUAUGUCCCUGAUGACGGGUGGACUGACCCACUCUACAAUUUCUACCACUACUUCUACAUGGUGACCAACACACUUUUCUACGUCAGCUCAGCUGUGACUCCUCUCCUCUACAACGCUGUGUCCUCCUCCUUCAGAAAACUCUUCCUGAAAGCCCUCAGCUCCCCGUGUGGAGAGCACCACCCCAGGGAGAGGUUAACCACCCGAAGCCCCAGGGUCCCACCCUAAUAGAUACAGCUUCAGGCUUUGGAGAUCCCCCAAAAACCCCGACCGGGAUGUAAUACAAGAAUGAAGAGAACAAGCAGAAUGACCAGGUGCUCAGCCACCUAGCAGAGCAGGCAAGCAACCUUAUCACUAACCAUUCAAGUUUCGCAGCCAGGGCAACUUCCGUCAACCCCAGUCUGCUGAGAACCAUCAACUGCAGGCAAGCCAUGUGACCCCUCCUAGCCUCAGGCUCCCUCAUCUAUGUAGUGGAGAUAAAAGAACAGCAUCCAUCUCUUCGUGUUGUCUGAGACUAAAGUGCUUAGCACAGAGCCGGGUGCAUAGUAGAUGCUCAAUAAAUUUUUGCUGGCACAA